CCCAAGGCAGGAGCGACCUGCCUGAUUGAGCCACAGCCCUGUCGGCCAACUUUCUGCAACCCCACGACAACCUUCACCUUUGGGCAAUGAUACACACACAGCGCGAGUCGUAUCCAAUGUCUGCCCAGACCUACACAGCCCACUUCGGCGUAAAACAUGCCACUUACCCAAUCCAGUGUCUUAGCCCACUGAUUCCCCAUGGGCACGCCGUUUCUCACGCCUGCCACUGCCAGUAUAUUUUAUAACAGAGGGUGCCCACUCCUCUCUCUCCGCUCACAAUGCUCUAUUAUUGCAGAUAACAUAGUCACUCUUUGAAAAUGAAGAGCACAGCCUUGUUCUCAGUGUACGGCCUCAUCGCCGCCGUCUCUGCGAUAUCGCCUCCCCGCCAGCGACGCGAUGUCCAGCCCAGAGACCCUGGCAGCCCUGGAGAAGGCACCAUUGCGUACUUUGAUCAACUCAUUGAUCAUAGCAACCCAAGCCUAGGCACCUUUAAGCAGGAAUACUGGUACAGCACUAUGUACUAUGACGGCCCUGGUGCCCCUAUUGUCUUUGAAGCUCCCGGCGAGUCAACUAUUGGCCCGGAUGAUAUUGACCUAUCCAACAAUACCAUGACUGGACUGAUUGCGCAAAACGUCCGCGGCGCCAGUAUCACCCUCCAGCACAGAUACUGGGGCGAAGCCAUCCCUAUCCCCGGCAACUUUACCGCCGAGACUCUACAGUAUCUCAACUUGAACCAGUCCAUCGAGGACAUAGUCUACUUUGCCCGCAACGUCAAGCUCGACUUUGACCCUGAGGGCAAGUCCAAGUAUGACGUUGCUCCUUGGUUGCUUACCGGCUGCUCCUAUCCAGGUGCUCUCUCCGCAUGGACUAACGCACUCUCGCCUGACACCUUCUGGGCAUAUCACUCUAGCAGUGCUCCUGUCCAAAUCAAGGCUAGUCUCUGGGAGUACUAUGAGAUUAUCGAGAAAGCAAUUCCUCGCAAUUGCAGUGCCGAUAUGUCGCGAGUCAUCGCCCAUGCGGAUGGAAUCAUUGCCAAUGGAACCGAGUCUGACAAGAUCAGCUUGAAAAAGUCUCUGAGCCUGCCCACAAACUGGUCAGACACUGAGGUUGUGUCCGCCCUCAGCUUUGCCGUCACAGCCUGGCAGGGCAACCAGUUCUACAAGAAUUCUUCCAUCACUCCUCUCUGUGAGUCGGUAGAGAACCAAUGGCCGGGUAGUGGUGUUUCCAAGCCAGGACCUGAGGGUGUCGGCUUGGAGCUUGCCACCAAGGGUCUGGCUAGGUUCUGGGCAAAGGAAUUCGCCAAGGGCAACGAUGUCGCCGAUCCCGAUGAUACAGCCACGGACGGCUGGAACUGGUAUCUGUGCAAUGAACCCUUUGAGGCCUGGCAGGUUUGGGAGCCUAAGCAUCCUAUCGGGCUUGUUUCCAAGCACCUCACUCGAAGCGACAUGAUUAGACGUCGCUGUGAGGAAAUGUACCCCGAUGUUGGUCCCUACAAGUACGGUCUGAAGAACGGUCGCAACGUAGAGCAGAUCAACGCCCUCACUGGCGGCUGGAACCACGUCAACACGACUCAUCUGGUUUGGGUCAAUGGGGAGUUCGACCCUUGGAGACCCGUUUCUGUCUCUUCCGAGAGCCGUCCUGGCGGUCCUCUGCAGAGCACAGAGCAGGCUCCUGUCUUUCUCAUCCCUGGCGCUGCACACUGCAACGACUACCGUACCAAGAACAAGUUUGCCAAUGAAGGUGCCCGCAAAGCCAUCGAUGGCGUUGUUGACAACAUGAAGAAGUGGGUAAAGGAGUUUUACGAUCAGAAGGCCCAGAAGCCUCCCAAGGGCAGCAACUGUCGUCCUCGUCCUCGCCGCACCGCCGCCAACUGAAUGGAGAUGCGUUGAGGAUGAAGACCCAGUCGGCGAAUAGUAGACAGACAAAGCUCCGCCUAAGACCAUAUAGACUUGAAGCAUCAUUAAUGUACAUAUAAUUAAAUUAUAAACUCAUGAUCCGCUCUGCUCACAAAU